GGGGGCCACAACUGUAACCUUCCACCAUCUGUAAACUUUCGCGCAAACAUCGGCCUCACGUGUACUCUUUGUCUCAAUCCAAUUGCAAGAUCUGCCGUUGUCUAUAGUGCUCAAGCCGCCAUUUGAAUUUGGAUUUCUCGGGGUAACAUCGCCACAUCUAUUCAUGGAAUCGUCGACGUCCUCGAUUUCUAACAUCCCUUGGACACGAACACCAUCUAACGGCAAGACACCGCGGCCGGGAGAAAAGAUAAUGGAUGACAAGUCGAUAUUUGUGAAGAGUACUCCGCAACCAGGGCAUCGAGGCACGCCAUAUAAAGAGAAGUACCAUGCUAUGCAGGAACGGUUCAACCAGGUCUCCGCGACCCGAGAAACCGCCCGCCGAGAGUUGGCCAUCGCAGAGGAGAAACUGAAGCGGCUACAAGAAGAGUGCAACCUGCUCCUGGACGCCGUCGACAUCGCCGUGCCUGCGCAGCCGACUUUGCUGCACUACCUAUCGCAGGACCCGAUACCCCCGCAGUACCACUCUUAUCAGGUGCCGUUUCCUGCAGCGCCCGGCGCGCCGGCGGCGCCUCCCGAUCCUACGCCUGCACCUGGGACCCGCUCGCGUCGGAAAUCUGCACAUCAGACUAUUGGGAAUGGGGUCAGUAGGAAGUGAUUGUGCGAUUAUCGGUUACAUUCUUCUGCUAUUUGUACCAAUAAUUGUAUGAUCCAUGCUAUUGCGGAUACUUAAUCAUAGAGAUUUUUACGUUGAUUGUCAUGGGCAUAGAUGAGCAGCGGU